AUGUCCUACUACGUGUGCUAUUUUACUCAUAAUUUGCGCCCAGAUUUACGCAUGCGCGCACCUAAUAUCGUGAUACUGGAGGGGGCAUCCGAGGAAUCUUCAGAAAUUCAUAUUCGUCCAAAGCGUGUGAUUGAUCUGACAAAUGUUGGGCGUUGGCCAGUGCAUAUCUUAAGCGCUAGCUACAUUGUCAAUAUUCUAAAAGAUAAUAUUUCUGCGUGCUCAGGUAGUAUACUGUCGGCCAGAUUUGUCCUCACUGUUUGUCAAUGUGUUUAUCCAUUACCCUUGGAGAGGUACUCCAUUUUAUCUGGUUCGGAGAUGAGUACAGAGGGAACUAAUCACGCUAUGAAGAAAUUAAUAUACGUCGAACCUAAUCCAAAACUAGUUUUGGUUGAAGUUUCUCCACAAAUUGACAUUCACGGCGGACCUAAUAAGCCCAUUCAUUUUUUUUCUGGAGUUGUACCUGAUCUAGCUUAUGGUACUUUUAGUGGCUGGGGAUGCGUACUGCCAGAAAAAUUAGAAUACGAAUCUCUAUUUCCUAGUCAGUUAAUGCAAACUCGACUGCCGAUAAUUUCACUGGAGGAGUGUAUUCGUAUUUAUGAGGGGCGCGUUACAAUUACAGAUAAACAGAUUUGUACUCUUGAUACAAGUAAAAGAAGAGGCACUUGCAAUGGCGAUUUAGGAGGACCGCUAGUGAUUCGAUUUCCUUCACUGCAGGCUCCUCUAUUGCUUGGAAUUAUGUAUCAAACAGGAAGAAAGUUUGGCACAGAUCCAGAUAUUUUUAUUAAUCUUAAUCAUGAUGAGCUUAAUGAAUGGAUCAUUGAUGAAAUUCGAAACAAUUAA